ACUGAUCGAAUCAAAGGCGCGCCUUGAUCUCGGAGAUCAUCAUGAUUUAACUUCAGUUGCAAGGGCGGCGCAAAGAGGUCAUGUGGAUUGUUUACUUGCUUUAAUUGAAGCAGGUGCUUCUGUCAAUCUUGCAAACAAAUCUGGUAUUACUCCUCUGAUGUUGGCCGCGCAGAAUGAUCAAACUGAAUGUAUUAGACAACUCAUAACUGCCGGAUGUGACAUCAACAGGCAUUGUAAGGCUGGAGUAACUGCCCUUUGUUAUGCAUUGGGCUCAGGUUUCAAUGAAAGUGCGAAGCUUCUGAUCGAAAGCAGAGCUGACCUUUACGCAGUCGGUCAAACCAGCACAGCAUUAAUCAUGGCGUCCAAAACUGGAAACAGUGAAAUGUUAAAAUAUAUCCUGGAAGCAGGAGCUGCCAAUAACAAACUGGACAAUACCUGCCUCUCAGUGAUGUCACAUGCUGUCAUAAAUGACAUUUCCAUGUGCUCAGAAAUACUUAACGACGAGGGGGCUUAUGUAAAUGAUAAUAUAGAGAAAACUGAGUUGAUGGAAGCUUCAGAGGGAGCUAACUUUUCGUGUCUGGAAAGUCUUCAACGAGUUCAUGCUUUAUUCAAUACAACUGACAACGAAGGAAAUUCAGCCUUGUCGUAUGCUGCAAUAUUGGGACAUUCGAAAUGUGUAAGAACUCUUCUCCGUUGUGGAACACUGUACGAUCUGCUCAACAAUAGAAAUGAAUCUCCAAUUUACAUUGCGGUGAAGAAAAAUAAACCGGAUUGCUUGCUUGAGUUUCUUGAAUUUUCCUCAAGCAUUGAUCUUUCAAAUCUUCUCAUAUUAGCGUCGUCUUAUGGACAUAUUCAGUGUGUUAAACUUUUAAUCCAAGGCAACGCAGAUUUAGAGGCAGAAGACAAUAAUGGAAACACAGCUGUUAUUCUAGCAGCUCAAGAAGGAUAUUUCGAAUGCUUAAAAAUACUUUUAGAAUCUGGGGCUAAAGUGGAUAUUGCUAACAAAAAAGGUGUUACCGCUUUGAUGAAAUCAACAUGUCUGGACCAAGGUGAUGGCCAUACAGACAUCAACGCGUGUUCAUUUCUUGAGGAGCGUCAAAGGCGAUUCUUGUCGUGCACUAAGCUUUUAAUAGAGUAUAAUGCACCGGUCGAUUUGUCCGAUCUCAAAGGUAACACGGCUUUACACUACGCCGCGAGGCUAGGUAACGUUCCUUGCCUUCAAAUCCUGAUACGAGCGAAUGCAAAUCUUGAUUUGAAAAACAAGGAAGGGAGAACACCCUUUAUUAUGGCGACUGUCUGCAUCCAGGCGGAUGUUGUGUCAGCUCUAAUCGCAGCUGGUGCCUCAGUAUCUGCUGACUGCAAUAAAGGGUUCACAGCACUGAUGCACGCAUGUAUUCAAGGUAGUGGAAGAUGUGCCGAGAUAAUCGCCCGAGAAGGUGCUAGUUUAAAUGUGUCUGAUUCAAGAGGCAACACUGCACUGCAUUACGCGGUGGACAAAGGUAAUCUCGAGAUUGUGAAAACACUUUUGAACGCAGGAGCUUUGGUAAACUGUGUCAAUGAAGAUAGCAUUCCUUCACUGCUCUGGGCUGUUUACAAUGAAGACAACGCUUGCAUGACCUGUCUCAUUGACGCAAAUGCGGAUGUGAAUUACGCGGACAAAAAGGGUAAGACUGCCCUGAUACGAGCUGCAAAAUCGGGAAAUGUAGCUUCCAUUCGCUUGCUCAUUUCAGCUGGAGCUGCUCUAAAUGUAGCCAAUCACCGCGGAGAGACAGCUUUUCUAGUUGCCGUUUUGUAUGAGAAGGACGAAUGCGCGCAGGUUUUGGCUGAAGCAGGGGCUAGUGUCAAUGCUCAGAGUAAGGCGGGAACAACAGCGUUGAUACAUGCCACAGAGAACUGCCUUCAGUCGCUGGACAUACUGUUCAAGUUUGACGUACAGAUAAACUCACCUGACAAUCGAGGCUACACCGCACUCCACAUCGCUGCAGAAUCUGGGAAACUGAACUGCAUCGAAACCCUUUUAAGGAACGGAGCCGAUGUAAAUGCCAUCAAUAAUGGCGGCCAAACGCCAUUGAUGCUUGCCGCGACGUAUGGAGGUAUUCGUUCCAUUAAACUACUUCUGUCAUACCGUGCGGAUGUCAAUGCGAGGUGUCAUCAAGGCAAAACAGCGCUGAUGUACGCAAGUUCCAAACUUAAUUUUAGAUGCCUUGAGAUUUUGAUCAACUGGAAUGCAGACCCGAAUAUUGUCGACCAUGAAAAUAAGACAGCUCUACACCAUGGUGUUGAUGAUAAAUGUGAUUUAAAAUGCUUUCGACUCCUCGUCGACUGCGGGGCUGACGUGAACAUUCUUCAUCUUAGUUCCACACCAGCCUUGUCCUACAUAAAAGUUCUAUAUGACUACAUUCAAGUUAUAACUGAUGCAGGUGCCGAUGUCAACCUUCGCCAUGAGAGCGGAAUGACGUAUCUCAUGCACGCGUCCAAAGUCGGUUGCAAUAAUUCGGUGCGACUUCUUUUGGAAAACAAUGCCAGUGUAGACGCAGGAGACAAUCGAGGCAAAACUGCUCUGAUGUAUGCCUCGGAGGAGGGCUAUAUUGAAUGUAUAAUAACUCUUCUGUCUUAUGGAGCUUCGCUUGAGGCGACCAGCACUGAAGGACUCACGCCACUUAUGUUAGCAGCAGAGAAAUCUCAUUUUAAAUGUCUGUGUAUGCUUGUUUUAGAAAACGCCGACAUCCACGCGAGAUGCAAUGAUGGAAACACGGCCUUGACAUUUUCAAUAAGGUCGGGGAGCUUAAAUUGUUUAGAAUACCUGAUAUCGUCAGGGGCUGAUGUCAACACAAGCAAUAAAGAAGGUGUGACGCCGAUAAUGUGUGCCGCCCAAAGUGGUCUUGUCGAAAUUGUCACGGCUCUAAUUAUAGCCGGCGCUGACGUAAACUCGGAGCACUGUUCCCUGUCUCCAGUUUCAAUUGCUUUGUCCAUUCAAAGCACUGAUAUUCUUGGAGAGCUACUGAAACAUGGCGCGAAUGUGGACUCAUGCAGGAUCGACCUCUUAGAUUUCUGUUACCUUGUAGAGGCCGACGAGAGGGCCUGUUUGCGGUUGCUGAUAUCUAAUGGAGGUUUGCCUUAUUCUAAAGACCUCACCACGGUACCACAGUCACCAUUGAUGUCCGCCUUACUUCAAGGAAAUAUCGGCGUCUGCAAUUAUUUCAUUGUUAAUAACUACCUCACUAAAGAAGACUCCAGGGGAAGUUUCGCCCCAGAUUUGACCAGCCGAAUGCCUAGGAAAUCCAAACUUUUUGUGUCACAGCUUUUCUCUCAGCCCUGGCCUCUCAGUAAACUGGCCCUCGUAGCCGCUUCUCAUGCCAUCGGUCCAAGUCCAGGCCGGACACAGCGAGUGGACAGCCUUCCGCUUCCCAAUAAAAUGAAAACCCUUUUGCUUUACCAAGACCUCCCGUCGAGGAUAUGUACGGAGCAAUGGGAUGACAUUCCACUUUGCUUUGAUCCACAGGAAUACACGAAUCUUCCAUUUAGAAAUCAGUUUCUGUUCAACUGGCCAGUCGGGCUUGGCUUGGUG